AUGUCUGAGCAGCUGAGAUACGACGGCCAGGUCGUCGUCGUCACCGGCGCCGGUGGUGGCCUCGGCAAAGCCUACGCCCUCUUCUACGCCUCGCGCGGUGCCAGCGUCGUCGUCAACGAUCUCGGCGGCUCCUUCACCGGCGAGGGCAACUCGGCCAAGGCUGCUGACCUCGUCGUCGACGAGAUCAAGGCUGCGGGCGGCAAGGCCGUCUCCAACUACGAUUCCGUCGAGUUUGGUGACAAGAUCAUCGACACCGCCAUCCAGGCUUUCGGCCGCGUCGACGUCGUCAUCAACAAUGCCGGUAUCCUCCGCGAUACCAGCUUCAAGAACCUCAAGGAUGAGGACUGGGACCUCAUCAUGCGCGUCCACGUCUACGGCGCUUACAAGGUCACCCGCGCCGCCUGGCCUCACUUCCGCAAGCAAAAGUAUGGCCGUGUCAUCAACACCGCCUCGGCCGCCGGUCUCUACGGCAACUUUGGCCAGACCAACUACUCUGCCGCCAAGCUCGCCCUGGUUGGCUUCACCGAGACCCUCGCCAAGGAGGGCUACAAGUACAACAUUCUUUGCAACGUCAUUGCUCCCAUUGCCGCUUCGCGUCUGACCAGCACCGUCUUCCCUCCCGAGCUCCUCGAGGCUCUCAAGCCCGAAUUCGUCGUCCCCGUCGUUGGUGUUCUCACCCACAAGAGCAACACCGGUGAUACCGGUGGCAUCUACGAGGUUGGUGGUGGUUUCGCCGCCAAGCUCCGCUGGCAGCGUGCCGAGGGUCUGCUUCUCAAGCCCGACGCCUCGUACACCGCCAGCGCCAUCAUUAAGAACUGGGACAAGGUCGUCGACUUCUCCAAGAACUCCACCUUCCCCGCCGAGCCCAACAACUUCAUCGAGCUCUCCGAGAAGUCCAACCAGCUGCCCCCCAGCGAGCAGGGCGAGAAGAUUGACUACACCGGCAAGGUCGUCCUCAUCACCGGUGCUGGCGCUGGUAUUGGCCGUGCCUACGCUCUGGCUUUCGCCAAGGCUGGUGCCUCCCUCGUGAUCAACGAUCUCGCCAACCCCGACACUGUUGUUGAGGAGAUCAAGAAGGCCGGCGGCAAGGCCGUCGGUGUCAAGGCUUCUGCCGAGGACGGCGAGGUCGUUGUCAAGGCCGCUAUUGAUGCUUUCGGCCGCAUCGACGUCAUUGUCAACAACGCCGGUAUCCUCCGCGACAAGGCCUUUACCAACAUGGACGACAGCCUCUGGAACCCCGUCUUCAACGUUCACCUGCGCGGUACCUACAAGGUCACCAAGGCUGCUUGGCCCUACUUCCUCAAGCAGAAGUAUGGCCGUGUCAUUAACACUACCUCGACUAGUGGUAUCUACGGCAACUUCGGCCAGGCCAACUACUCCGCUGCCAAAUGCGGUAUCCUUGGUUUCUCCCGCGCUCUUGCCAUUGAGGGUGCCAAGUACAACAUCAACGUCAACACCAUUGCUCCCAAUGCUGGUACCGCCAUGACCAAGGCCGUCUUCACUCCCGAGAUGCUCGAGUCCUUCAAGCCCGACUACAUCGCUCCCCUCAUCCUCGCCCUCUGCAGCGACGUCUGCCCCGACCCCACCGGCGGCCUCUACGAGGUUGGCAGCGGCUGGUCUGGCAAGACCCGCUGGCAGCAGGCUGGCGGCCACGGCUUCCCCGUCGAUGUCGCCCUGACCCCCGAGGAGGUUGUCAAGAACUGGAAGGCCAUUACCGACUUUGAGGACGGCCGUGCCGAGAACCCCGAGAGAACCACCGACUCGUUCGGCAAGAUUAUGGGCAACUUGGAGAACAAGGCCGGCAGCAGCAAGCAGGGUGCCGGUGCUGCUCCCGCCAACGAAUACCUCGCUGCCAUCGACGAGGCCCUCAAGACGCAGGGUGAGCCCACUCCGUUCAAGUACGAGGAGCGUGACACUCUGCUGUACAACAUUGGUGUCGGCGCCAAGGCCUCUGAGCUCAACUACACCUUCGAGGGUGCCGAGGACUUCCAGCUCCUCCCCACCUACGGUGUCAUUCCCGCCAUGGGGGCCGACGUCGGCUUCUCCUACGACAAGAUCGUCCCCAACUUCAACCCCAUGACGCUGCUCCACGGCGAGCAGUACCUCGAGAUCCGCAAGUUCCCCGUUCCCACGAGCGCCAACCUCGUGUCCAAGGGCCGCCUGCUCGAGGCCGUCGACAAGGGCAAGGCCGCCGUUGUCAAGACGGGCGUCACCACCACCAUUGCCGAGACGGGCGAGGAGGUCUUUUACAACGAGAUGACCGUCUUCCUCCGCGGCGCCGGCGGCUUUGACGGCCAGAAGAAGCCCGCCGACCGUGGCGCCGCCACCGCCGCCAACGUGCCCCCCAAGCGCGCCCCCGACCACGUCCAUGAAGAGUACGUCCACCCGGACCAGGCCGCCAUCUACCGUCUGAGCGGUGACUACAACCCUCUGCACAUUGACCCCUCGUUUGCCAAGAUGGGCGGGUUCAAGAAGCCCAUUCUGCACGGGCUCUGCUCUUUCGGUAUUGCCGGCAAGGCCAUCUACGACAAGUUCGGCCCCAUCAAGAACAUCAAGGUCCGCUUCGCCGGCACCGUCGACCCCGGCCAGACCAUCAUCACCGAGAUGUGGAAGGAGGGCAACAAGGUCAUCUUCACCUCCAAGGUCAAGGAGACUGGCAAGCCUUCCAUUGCCGAAAAAAGCAUAGCGGCCAGGAUCGGUCGUCUUGUUCUGGUGUAUUAUAAAACUGGGGUGGAAUGGGUUCCCUUUGUCUGA